GCUCCACCCCCUGACGUCACUUCCAUCAACAAAGGGCGCAGUGGCGGCGCGGGGUCUGGGAUGUGACCCCUGCCGAAGGUGCUGCAGCUGCGGCGGUGGCUUCCGAGGCUUCGGGUGUUUGCAGGUCGAGGACGAGGACAGAUCCCCGCUUUCCUCAGGUCAUAAGAAGCUGGCCUUGGUGCAGUAAGGAACUUACUGCAAUGGAGGAGCGGAAAGUGAAGAGGAGAAGUCCUAAGUCUUUUAGUGCCCACUCUACUCAGGUUGUUAAUGCCAAAAAAAAUGCCAUUCCAGUUAGUAAAAGCACAGGGUUUUCAAAUCCUGCAUCACAGUCAACUUCACAGCGACCAAAGUUAAAAAGAGUGGUGAAGGAAAAGACAAAACCUCAGGGAGGGGAGGGAAAAGGAGCUCAGUCAACCCCGAUUCAGCAUUCCUUCCUCACUGAUGUCUCAGAUGUUCAGGAGAUGGAGAAGGGGCUUCUCAGCCUUUUGAAUGAUUUCCACUCUGGGAAACUUCAAGCCUUUGGAAAUGAGUGUUCCAUUGAACAGAUGGAACAUGUUCGGGGAAUGCAGGAGAAAUUAGCUCGCUUGAAUUUGGAGCUGUAUGGGGAGUUAGAGGAACUUCCUGAGGAUAAGAGGAAGACAGCUAGUGAUUCUAAUCUGGAUAGGCUUCUUUCUGACUUAGAAGAAUUGAAUUCUUCCAUACAAAAACUGCAUUUGACAGAUGCACAAGACGUUCCAAAUACUUCUACCAGCUAAAAUGAAAUGCAGUUGCUUUCUUGUGGUUUGAAGAAAAGCAGCAUUAUUUACUUUUCCAGCUGAAUCCAGCAGCAGAAUCAUCUCCCACAAUAAGGAAUUAAAGUAAUUAAAGCGCAAGUGUAAUGAUUUUCUCAUAACUGCUUGUGGUAAACUUGACUUGCUGUAAUUCACCAUAACUGGAGGCUAGGCCUUGUGGAAGGCUUAAUCAGGAAACAUGGUGCACAGGCUGUGCUGCUGUGCUUAUUAUUGUUGCCUUCUGGGUCAUACUUGAAAUGCACUGUGCUGAGUGUCGUUGAUAGGGCCGAGGGAUGAUCCUUCCUGAGCUCACCAAACUUACUCCACUGUUGCGCUAAGUUGAUGAUGCCCAGGCUUUUUGUGGCAGCCCAGCUUCAGUUUACGUCAGACAAUCACACACACUGGUGUGUUCGCCAAUGGCCAGUGGUAACAAAAUGUGAAAUGAGUAUUUGUGAAAUUUGCUAUUUUUAAUAAAGUGAUUGUUUUAAAUUUG